AUUGAAAAAAAUAUUUCAAUUUUUUGACUUUAAAAAGUUGAAAUAGAUAAUUUUAUUGUUUUUUUAUACAAAUUAUCAGUAAAUAAUUAUUUCUUCGAUAAUCACUUGUCAUUAUUUACAGUUUGAAUUAUCAACGAGUAAUUAUGUAACGAAAAUUUUUUGUUAAAAUAGAGCUGUUUUGUUUUCAAAGCUACACUUUUUGAAAAAUAUUUCAUUGAAAAAGUUCACAACUAAUUACAAUAUAAAGAUAUAAUACAUAGUUGAUUUUUUUCCUUUUUCUAUUGAAAAAAAAAAUAGAAAAAAAAAAAAAAUUCAUCAUGAAAUUCAUAAAUUUAGUAUUUAUGCUGAUUUCGAUAAAUUUUAUAAGCUAUGAAGUAUCAGCAACAGGACUUGGUGAUCUUGAAGAAGUUUACACAUUAUUCAUGAACAUAUGGACAAGAGUUGAUGAAGGAAUUGAAGAAGCAAAUACUGGAAAAAAACCAAAAUAUCAAGCAACACUAUUUGGUGAUAAAACAUCAUCAAUGCUUGAAGCUUUGCUUGACAAAGUUGAUGAACUUUCAGUAGAAAUGGAAAAAAUGGAAACUCGAUUGCUGGAUAAAAUGCAGGAAAUUUCAGAUGCUGUUAAAUCAGUACCAGAUAAAGUACGAAAAGAUCAGUUACUUACAAAAAUAUCACAUUAUAUAAAAUCAAUAAAAAUAGGUUACAAAGAAGUUAAAAAAUUAGGAAGUAAAAAAAUAACAAAAGUUAAAGCCAAAAAAAUUAUCGAUAAAUAUGUACGUGAAAAAAUUACUGAUGAUUUGAGGGAAAUUUUUAUUAUAGUAUUACCUGAUGACGAAGCUGAUGAAGAGAACGAUCGAAGUCUUUUAAAACUCAUGGUAACAUUGGAAAAUGAUGAAAAAGAAUCAAAAGAAAGAUGUGAUAAAAAAAAUUCGCCUCAACAAUUUCUUUAUCAAUUAUAUUUAACACUUGUUUCAACUGAAAUGAUUGGAUAUACAUCAUUAGCAUAUGGUUUUGCUGUCAAUGAACUAAUUCGUCCAGAUGAGAAAGCUGAUGUUGAAAUUCAAACAGUUAUUGACGAUAUAUUAGAUAGAAUUUAUCAUUAUAAUUUGGGAUUCAGUAAAUCAAUAGCACAACUUUCACGUCAUUUCAGAACUUGUGAUAAUCCAGGAAAACAUGAACGUGGUGUAACAUUCAUUGAGUUUACUGGACUUUAUCAAAGAAUUGUUCUUGCCGAAUACAGUAAUGAACGUCAUAAAUCAUGUGCUGGUUCUUGCAAUAUUCCGUCAAGGAUCAAUGAACAUACAUAUUGUUUUGCUCGUCCAGAAUAUAAUACGUGGGACGGUACCUAUUAUGGUUCUGUAUAUACUCGAUGGGAUAGUAAUGGAAGACCCGAAAGUAUAGGCUCAUGUACAACAAACUUAAAUUGUGCUGGUACAAUUAACAAUUGCUUUGAGAUGACGUCCAUUAGAUAUUGCAUGGAUAGAAAUUAUACCCAUCGGCGUUAUACAUAUGUGGGGGAUUCAAGUAAUAAUAAUCGAUUUGGCCCAUCGGUAGAUUGCACUGGAAAUAGUAUUUAUGAUUAUUGGGAUGAAAAGAGCGUGGGGAAAGCUAGUCGAUAUGGGUAAAAAAAAAUAAUUAUAU